AUGGCACCGGGAUCGAGUAACAAUCAGAACAACAAUGCCAAUCACAACAACAAUCGGCAGACGGGCACGAAACCGAAAUCGAAGUCGUCGAAGAAAAAUUCGGUCCCCCAGGAAAUGGUUGCUCCUACGAGACGGGAUCUCCAGCAGCAGCUGAAUGUUCUCGUCGACUGGGCUGCCGUUUCCAGUGCCUCGUCGGGGGUGCAAAACAAUUCGCAGCCACAACAGCAACAGCCGCAGCACUUUAAUCUUCCUUCGACCAGCGGGCAGCAGCAGCACCAGCAGGGGCAGAAUAUUCUUCUCAAACCACGCAACAACCGAACACCAGGCGAAGGAACCUGUUACGAAAUCGAUAAUCUCUCGCUGCAAGAUAAUAGCCGCUACAUACCGGUGCGACCGAUCGUCCGAAGGAACCUAUUGAAUGAGGGCGGCAGUGGCGAACAGAGCGAACCACACAAUACCGCCGUCGGGGUAGUAAUUCCAACGACACCGAAUUCUUCACUUCAGCAGACAUUCCGCUUAAACGACGGUGCAACAGGCGCGGUUGGCGGAUCGACACACAGCAUCAACAAUCUACUGCACGGCGGCGGCGGCGGCGGUGCGGCGAACCAUCACGCGUUUCAAGGCUACGGAUCGAGCGUCGGAUUGGGAGCAUCUGCACCAUCAGCGCCGGGGACCAGCGCCACCGGUGUCAUACCGAAGCAGAACCCACAGCAUCAGCAGCAGCACGUGUUGAACCCUUUGCUGGUACUCCAGCAGCAGGGACAAGUGGGACAACCACGUUCAACCUCGUCACCGCUCAGUUACCGCGUUCCGGAUGGUGCAUCGCAGAAUCAGCUCAAUUUGAACAAAAAUUCGAAUCAUCACCAACAGUUACAUCAGUUGCACGCCGUUCCGUCGACAUCGAGCGGUUCCCGGUACGGUGGUGUCCCCAACGCUUCGUCCGUUAGCCAUUCCGUAGGCCCGGUAUCGGGUGGUACCGUCGAGGACACGCUGAACCAAAUCCAGGAGUACAUUAAGCUGACCACGCACCUGAUUUCAUCCGUGCAGUUCGAUAACUUGAACGGUGGUCCGAGACCGCAGUCGGUACAGAGCAUUAGCACCAACCAAUCUACCACACCGGUGCCACCAUCGGCUUCGUGCGACGAGCUACGAUAUCGUGCGGAACCGGCAUCGAAAAACAUGCAAGCCCUGAAGGAACAGCAGGCCCACCUGCUCCGGCUGCAGCAGGCCGCUCGGCAACAGCUGCAGGAGAUGGAGGCCAUGCGCCAGAUGCACACCGCUUCGGUUGCGCCACCACUGGAAUCGUUCCAAACGGUCGAACAGGUUCAGGACGGCAUCGGCAGCAUCAUGGAGCGGAUGCGGGUACUGUCCACGUUCAUCGCGAACCAGCAAGAGCUGAGCAACAUGCUCGGACCGGACAAUGAGGACGUAAUGUCGGAUCAGGCGAUGUUGCAACAAAAGUUUCAAGAGUUGCGCGACAAGAAGAGUCAGAUGCACACGCUCGUGUCGGAACUGCAAACACUCAAUCUGGACGCGAACCGGCAGUUCGACGGGGUCGAGGGUUCGAGCGAAACGCGCAACGUUCCUAUCGAGCUAACGCAUACCCCGGCAACGGCGGCCGAUGCACGAAAUGCAACUAAAAUGUUCCUCGCCAACGCCGCCGAAGGAGUGUCGAAGGGUAGCGGCGCCGUUAGUGCAACGGUGGCCAAUGGACCGCAGAUGGCAGUGAAUGGCACUGGGCUGACGGACGACGACGACGAAGGAGCUCCACUGAACGAAGAGGAGUCGGCCGUACUGAACGGAACCGCGGAUAUGUUGAGUGAAAAGAUCAACGAAAUCAACGCGAUGAAGUCGCAGCUGCGCCGGCUGAAGGAUAUGAUGGACACGGUGAAGCUGAUCGAGGGAAAAACUGGUCACGAGUCGAUCGAUGAGGAAGAAGAAGAUGAAGAAGAGGAAGAGGAAGGGGACGAGGAUGAGGAAGAGGCGCAGGAGGCGGCUGCGGCCGCGGUUAGCGGGUCCUCGCAACGGCGCAGUCGCUCGCGAUCGGUAAGCUCUGCUCCGAUCGCUGCCUUUGCCAAUCCACCACCGCUCGUGGGGCCGGGAGAGAGCGAAAUGAGCAACCAGGAGCGCGAGCAGCUCAACAAACGCGUCGAAGCGCUGCAGGCCAUGACGCAGGAUUUGCGCGAGCAAGCGAAAUCGAUUGCCGCCGAACGCGAUCGACUGAAGAGCGCCCAGACGGAUCUGCAGAAGCGGCGCAACAAUGUCACUAAUCUGCAGCAACAGGUCGCGGGUCAAACGAGCGAAAAGCUAACCAAUCACGUCGCAUCGUUUGUGUCGCUGCUACCGGCGGGGUCUGCUGCGGCAACCCCGGCGGCACCCCAACGACACCAUCAAUCCACGCCCGGACCGAAGGAACGGCGGCAGAUGGAGCUAAAGGCCGAGCUUGAACAGAAAAAGCGUGAACUGGAGCGUAUCGAAAAGAUGACGCAAAACAUUAAAAAGAACGCUGCCGCUGCGGCUGCCGAAGUCGCCCUCGGGUCCGCCCUGGUCACUAACGGUGACGACGAAACACCGGUGGUGGUCGGACCGUCGACGAGUGGUGUGGUGGCUCAGUCAAAGCGUGGUGGUCCAUCGUCCGUGGUUUCGUCCUCCGUGGAAUCGUGCAGCGGAGCAGGUUCCCAUCACCGUGGGACACCGUCCGCGCCGAGCAUACCACCUCCGCCGGCACCGUCCGCCAUCAGUGGCUCGAUGCAGAACAAUACGGCCGGAAGCAAUGCGACGAACGACUCGAAAACCAAUUCGGCCGACUCGGGGGUGACGUCGGACAUGUUCGCCCAUGCCCAGCUGGAAUCCGCCAGCUAUCAGUCGAGCAGCACGCGUAGUUUCCCGCCACCGAUGCCGGACAUUUGCAACCGUAACGCUAGCACCGACCGGUACCGUCAGGCGAAGCGCGGGGCGGACGUUGACGGAGGCGAGGUCGGUGUGCUGGAUGUGGGCGUCUCGGGUGCCGCCACCUCGUCCGGAGGGGCCGUGCGCGAUCGCACCUCCCCGUGGCCGGUGUUUGGCAAUGGCACUGGCGCCGGUGCGGGAUUGUCCAGCUCUAACACGGGCCCGCACAGUCCACACUACGGUCACCAUUCGUACGCGGCGAUGCAUCACGAUCUGUCGCACCACGGAGUAGGCGGCGGUGUGUAUGGCCCUGCGUAUGGAAGUAGCUGGAGCACCGGCGGUGGACCGUUUGGCGGCAUGUCUAACCUGUUGCCACCGCAUGCGGUCACCCCGAACACGCCGCCCGAUCCGAUCGUCUUUCAGCACAUCAUGCAGACGCAGCAGAUGCUCAUGAACUCGAUCACGCAGUGUAACCAGUUGCUAUGGAUACAGCAGCGCGAAAUUCAUAACCUCAACAAUGCCGUACUGUUGCUUCAAGAGAGGUUGCUUGGCACCAACAACAGUCUGUUGUUCCCCGAGCCGCAUGGUCCAACGGUGGCCGCGGCUGCUGCGCUUAUUCGAGCGGAAUCAACGCCGCCGAGCAACGGCUCGAUGCACGUUUCGAACGCUGCCACCACCGGCCUGUACACUCGGGCACGUUCCGAGCAGCCGGUCAUGGCGAUCCACCAGCAACAGCAGCAGCAGCAACAAUCCUCUUCCCCCUUCCAUCACCAAUCCCAUGCCCAGUCGGGUUCCUUACCGUCCACCGCCGGUAUGCUUCAGCAGCAAUUGCAGCAUUCGAUGCAAUCCUAUCACCCCGGCCAGCAGCAGCAGCAGCAGCAGCAGCCGCCGCAGCAACCGUACAGUCCGCUUGCGAUGCCCCAAACCCAUGCGAUGCUAUCGCCGCCCCACUGCUCGGUGAAUCAGCAAAUUCAGCGUAACAAUACUAACAUCUCGCAGAUUGGUCUCCCACCGAGCGGAGCCAGUUCGGGACGGUUUCGCUCGGGUGUGCGCCCGCCGCUAAACAUUAACACGCUUAACAAUGCUCUGUACGACGAGCCACCGAUCGCGAGUGACGGUGGUAGCAUGAUCAACAAUCUGGCACAACAGACAACGGCCACUAGCGGCCCGAUGUUGCCGCUGGCGUCUUCGCCACCGUCAUCGGUGCGCUUCGGAAGCCAUUUCAAUAAUCUAAACAACACCAGCAACGUCCAGAACAAUCUGGCCACCAACGCCAACAAUAUGCAGCCUUCGCCACAGCAGCAGCAGCAGCAGAAUAACUUGAACCUGUACAAUCAGCAGCAGCAGCACGGGCAAGACUCACCGUCGUCGCAAGCGCAGCAAACGCAGGCCCUGAACAAUCAAGUCCUGCCGGGAGUGAGGGCCAAUAAUUAUUGGGAUAACUUCCGAAGCUACUCAAGACAAAAUCUUCUCUCGAGCAACAGCUGCAAGAGUAACGAGGAGUCCUGUGCGUACGGAGGUGGAGCUGCCCCCGGUGCAGCCGGAACCGGUGCGGCCGGUAGUGGCAGUAGCUCCGGCAGUGGGUGCAAUACGAUCAACAAUCAGCUGCAGCGCAACAACAGUAAUGCCACGAACCAGUACAUGAACAACCAGACCAACAAGUAUCAGACGAUCAACAUAACGCGCAACAACUCGCUGAGCAAUGCCAACCAAACGCCAAACGCGGCCGGAAUGUGUCAGGAAGUUGGCGCAGGCCCUUCGCAGAUGAUGGGAUAUCAGCAGCAGCAGGAUCAAUCGUUUGAUGGAACGCCAGAGUUGGAUCAUUCAACGCUGCAACACCAGCAACAACACCAUCAUCAUUCGCGGCAGCAUCAUGCGGGGACGCAUAUGCAGCACCCUGGCACUCAGCAUUCGUAUCCACCGCAACCGCCACAGCAUCCACAUCAUCAGCAACACCGCCAGCAACCGAUGGGAUCAUCGGCACCGGUACAAGAAUCGCCACAAGCGGCAUCGCCGUUCCAACAUCAUCCUCACCAUCCAUUGCAACCUCCGGUUCAGCAGCAACCGCAGCAGCAGCAGCAGCACCGUCACCAUGCAGCUGCAACGCAAGCCGGAUCACCAGCCGUAAUUGAUCCUCGCGCACCGUCGGAACACACCCAACAGCAUGCAUCGUCCCAGCACACGGCACCGCUAAAUCAGUCCCACUCGCUCGACCUGGGAGAGCUGCAGUUCCACACUAACCCGAUCAAUCUGGGGCUAGCCAACAAGACGCACCCGAAGGCGAGCGGCCACAAAAAGUAUCCCCUUUCGCUGCGCUCCUGCCGGGAUGCGAGUGUCGGUGGAGAAAGUAGUGGCGCUUGCUAUGUUUCCGGCGGUGGCGACAUGAACCUGGCGUCGGCCUGUACUUAUCAGCACGAUUCAAAAUCCACGUCGAAACUGUUCGAGGCGCUGAAGGAGAACGUGUACCAGGAGGUGAAGAAUCUGAUCACGGCCAACGAGUCGCGGCCCCACUUUCUCAUCCAGCUGUUCCGCGAGCUGCAGCUCAUCUCUUCGGAUCCGCUCCGGCAGCGAACACUGCAGUCGAUACAGGAGCUCUACAAUCGGUACAUCGAGUCGACGCUGCAAGAGGAAGCGCACGUAAAUAACGUAGGCAGUAACAAUCUGCUCACCUCCAGCAGCGGUGGACCACUGGGUGUUGAUGUGGGAGGACGCGGAGCGGCUACUGCCGACAGUGGUGGUGUUCCACUUGGCGAGUCCGCUAGCUCCCCACCACACGAUGCACUGGACGUUGAUCCAUCGGUUGUCGUUGAGCUGGAAGUGGUUCAAAAUUAUACGAACCUUCGGCAGCAGCAGCAGCAGCAGCACCAACAGCAGUAUCAUUUUGUUCCCAGCCCAUCAGACAUCGGUUCCGGAUCACGCCCAACGGUCGAUCAGUCGGCAAACGGUUGCUCGCCUCCGGUGGCCGGUGGUCCGAUAGGUCAGGAGCAACCGUUGGUGGUAGCCGGUCACGCACACCAACAGUCACCACCGCUGGCCGUGCCCAACUCGGAGAUCAUCAACAUAAUUAUGGGCGACAUUGUGGCGGUGAUCAACUCGGUGGAUUACAUCAACGAUUCGGUGCUGUUCAAAAUCGCGGGAGUUAUCUGUAAUCAUGCCACGAGCAGUGGCGGGCAGCAACAGAACGGAGGCAGCAGCGCGGCCGAUUACGGACCGCAGCAGCAGCAACAUCAUCAUCACCAUCAUCACCAGUAUCACUAUCAUCACCAUCUUCCGAUGGGCACUGCGGUGCCCCGAUCAGCACCAGCGUCAUCCUCCGCUGCCACUUCCCUACUGGCGGCGGCCUCGUUCUUGUCCGCGCAAGCAGACGAAACGACCGGUACUGGCCCUGGCCCUACCGUGGGUCGUCUUCCGCCGCCCGGCGAUGUGUUUAACCGGGAGGACUUCUUGCGCCAUCUGGAGAGCUGGAAUCGGACCGAUAAGGAUGAGUUUAUAUCGAAUUUGGAAAACUUUUUGAACAACAUUCUGUUGCGAUCGUCUGCGGUGGAGAACGAGGAGGAGGAAGAGGACGAAGAAGAUGCCAUCACUGGUAGCAGUGCGAUGGGCAGUCAGGCAAGGCGUCCGAUCGGUGACGAAGUUCAACCGGAGGCGAUCGGUUCGUCUACUGGCUUCGAAGACCGGUACGGUCCGGAGCAUGGCCAUGUUGCUACUGGCGAUGAAGCUACCGGUGGUGGUGGUGUACACUCAUCAUUCGUACCUCCAGCCGGCGGCCGAUCGUCGGUAGAGUCGGCCGUGGUGGUCAGCAGUUCGAGCUCGGCAAACGCGUACGCUUCCACAACGUACGAUCUGGCGGAAGCGGAUCAGGUGUGCGAUCUGGACUCUUCCGGUUCGAACUGUGUGCCGGAGAGUGUAGCGGCGGCUGCGGCGGCGAUCUCCACUACGACCGAUCAUCCGAUCGGUCACGAGAUGCCAUCGUCGAACUUUGUCGAUGAUCGAUGGACGGUGGUAGUGCAGAAGAAAUCGAUUUCGACGUCGAAGGAAGACGAUCCCAGCGGUGCAAGUGGGAGUGGGACGGUGGCCGGAAGUAGUGAAUCGAGGCAACGCACGGCACCACCCCCACCGCACCGUGCCGCGGCAGGAUCAUCGAGCGCCGUCGUGAAUGGCGGUGGAAACAAUGGGAAUAACAUUAACAACAACUGGCAAUCGGAAGAGGUGGCCGACGAAAAUCUCGAUCAAUCGGAGGAACAACUCCCACCAUCAUUCUACUGAAAACGGGACCCGUGACAGUAUUGCCAUUUUGCCAUCCGUAGUAAGUUCGCGACUCAUUGGAUGCCGAUCGUUUUCCUGAUUCCCCGAUAUAAAGCUCUGUUCCAGUUGACAAACAGCGCCUUGCUGUGCAUUUGUGAGUAAAGCAUAAAACAAUGUACACCUAUUUAAUACACAACACCCCCCGUACAGAGACGAAGAAAACGCGCAUAAUAUAUUGAAACU